CACAGGACAGUCUUUGGAUUUUUGAAGUUGUUCGACCAGCGACGUAGAUUCAACCCAGCGCUGCUCGUAUCACUCCGCAGCCAGAGCCAUAACAAACAAGCAAAAAGUCCCUCUACUCUCUACCAAUACCAACAGAAGUAGAACUCUGCAAGACAGGAAAGAUGAGCGUCAAGCUGCGAGGAUGGGGCGAGUUCUUUGAGACGGCGCGGUUUACGCUGCCUCCAGGCCUGUCUGAGCUCGUCCGGUCGAACAAGGACAUGGCAGCCAACUUCAAGGACCUUGCGCGGGGCGGCUCUGGCAACGGGCUGCGACGCCUCGCAACGCGCAUCGAGUCCAACCUCAUCUACUUUCAAGUCAACUACCUCGUCAUUGUCCUGCUCUCGUUCCUCUACGCAAGCAUCCACGAGCCAAUGAUUUUGGUCGCGCUCGUCAUUGGCGCAGGCAUGAUUGGCUACGUUGUGCAGCAUCCAAUGAUCAAGAUUGGCGACAAGUUCUUCAACCAAGAACAAGGUUACUUUGCCUCCGUCAUUGUCACCGUCAACCUCAUCUUUGCGUUCUCCGGCAUCCUCUUCUUCAAGUGCUUGUUUCUUUCGCUGGCCGUCGUCAUUCUGCACGCCACAUUCCGAAUCCACUCGGCAAAGGCCUCCAUUGUGAAUUGGUUUACUCGAGUGACUGGCAAGGAGCAGCUCGAAGACCUGUUCACGCCAAAUGAGGACGACGAUGAAAUUCUGCCACGUACAUCCCGUGCGCGUACUGGUAGCAAAUCUAACAUGCAAGAGUCAAUCUACAGCUCGCCGACAAAGAAUGGUGAGCUUCGAUCUCGCCACCUCCCCUAUCGAGAGCAAUGAAUGGCGGUUUGACAGCAAAGUCAGAAUUGUGUCUGCCGCUGCCCGUCCGCCCCUUCCAGUUUUCCAGUAGCUCUUGUACUUGUCCACGUGUCUUGCUGCGGUGGUCUGCAAAACUUGCUGCAAAAACGUCGUGUCAUUUUGUGUGUUCAGAGUGAUUUAUUGCAAAAUCAAACAAACCAGCAACAAAAAAAAUCGAGAAACCAAAGCGACCAA